UCUCUCAGAAACAUUAGCUAAAACGGGUGAAUGGGACCAAACCCCUAACCCAAAUGCGCGCCUCCGUGCGUCCGAUUUGGGUCCUACUCGGCCAGACCCAACUCCGCCAAGCUCACAAACCAGCUCGACCGAAGCCCUCCCAGAAUCGAGCUUUCUCUGUCCUCCCACGUCCUAUCUCCCACUCUCCAGCCUCUCCUCCUCCAUCCAACGCACUCCUCGUCUCACCCACCUCCGUCUCCAAGGCCGGAACUCGAAGGAGCGCCGCGGAUCACGACGCUAAAUCUCGAGCCCCUCCUACCAUGGCGGCGCUAACCGCACUCUCCUCCACCUUGUCCUCAUCCGCCACCGUUCUUGCUUCCGGAGCCCAAACGUUGCUUCCCUUACCCACCCCUCUCUCUUCUGCCUCACUUCCCGCCCGCAUUCAGCAUAGAAGCAACUUCCACCGAAGAAUUGGAACCGGCUUUAGAAGAGGAGCACGCCGCUCCAUCAUAUCUAAUGUCGCAGUCCCUGAUACCAGCUUCAGUGAAGCAGCCAAGAAGCUGGUGGCCAAGGAAAGCCAGCGACCGGUUUACCCCUUCUCGGCCAUCGUCGGCCAGGAAGAGAUGAAAUUAUGCCUUCUUCUCAAUGUCAUCGACCCUAAGAUUGGCGGCGUCAUGAUCAUGGGCGACCGCGGAACCGGCAAGUCCACCACCGUCCGUUCCCUGGUGGACUUGCUUCCCGAGAUCAAGGUGGUUGUCGGAGACCCCUUCAACUCGGACCCCGAGGACCCUGAGUCCAUGGGCAUGGAGGUCAGGGAGCGUGUCACGAAGGGGGAGGAGCUCCCCAUAACGACCGCCAAGAUUACCAUGGUAGACCUUCCCCUCGGCGCCACCGAGGACAGGGUCUGUGGAACCAUUGACAUUGAGAAGGCUCUCACUGAGGGUGUCAAGGCCUUUGAGCCCGGGCUGCUAGCUAAAGCUAACAGAGGAAUUCUCUAUGUCGAUGAGGUUAACCUCUUGGAUGAUCACUUGGUUGAUGUGCUCUUGGACUCCGCCGCAUCCGGCUGGAACAGUGUGGAGAGAGAGGGUAUUUCAAUUUCUCACCCUGCUCGAUUCAUCCUCAUUGGUUCGGGGAAUCCGGAGGAAGGAGAACUGAGGCCGCAGCUUCUUGAUAGGUUCGGAAUGCAUGCUCAGGUGGGGACUGUGAGGGAUGCAGAGCUGAGAGUAAAGAUUGUGGAGGAGAGAGCAAUGUUUGAUAGGGAUCCAAAGGGCUUCAGGGAAUCAUAUAGGGCCGAGCAGGAGAAGCUCCAGCGGCAGAUUGCCUCAGCUCGGAAUAAUCUUGGUUCCAUCCAGAUUGAUCAUGACCUCCGUGUGAAGAUAUCAAAGGUGUGCGCGGAGCUGAAUGUUGAUGGGUUGAGAGGGGAUAUUGUAGCCAACAGGGCUGCAAAGGCUUUGGCUGCUUUGAAGGGGAGAGACAAAGUGACAGCAGAUGACAUAGCGACCGUGAUCCCCAACUGCUUGAGGCAUCGCCUUCGGAAGGAUCCAUUGGAGUCGAUCGACUCAGGCUUGCUCAUCAUAGAGAAGUUCUAUGAGGUCUUUAGCUAAGCGAGCUCAGCGAGCUGAUCAAAGAGGUCGAGAGUUGAGACAUGCCAACGUAUCCCAGUUUACCGCAACAUGUGAGCAAUAUGUGGAUUGUGUCCGUUGUGUGUGUUCGCGUCAAUGUUGCAGAUGCUGUCCGCGUUCUCAACGGAAAUCUGUGGAUUGUGUCUGAUCAGAUACCAGAUUUUCUAUGUGAUACCGGAUGACCGGUACAUUUCAGAUGAUAUGAGGUAUGCUUUGACACCGGUAUGCUAAAAAUCUAUAUAAAGCCUAAGCUGUGGUGGCUAGUUUUGUCAUAUCAAAAAUGGAUAGUUUAUUUCAAUUUUCAACCUAUCCUUUUUUUUUUUUUGUUCUUAUACUCCUACUAUGUAAAACUUCAUAACAGUCCAUAAUUCCAUGUUACACAAGUAAA